AUGUCCGAGAGUAUAAGUGUGCUUUCACAAAGUUAUGGUUAUGGCUAUGCCGUUGGAUUAGGUGCUGCCUUUGCACUAAUUAUGAUGCUUUUAUCCAAAAUGUUAUCUUCCUACAUGGGUGAAACGCAGAACUCAGAAAGGUUCUCAACAGCAUCUAGGUCAGUCAAAUCGGGGCUCAUUGCCUCUUCUACAGUUUCAGCAUGGACUUGGCCCGCCACCUUGCUCACCUCAGGCGCAUGGGCUUAUAAUUAUGGACUUGCUGGUCCAUUUAUGUAUGCUAUAGGAGGAACACUACAAGUUAUACUAUUCGUUUUUAUAGCGAUCGAGAUUAAGAAAAACUCUCCAGGCUGUCACACCGUUGCCGAAAUAAUCUCAGUCCGUUUUGGAAAAGCUGGUCAUAUUUGUUAUUUAUGUUAUUGUCUCGCUACUAACAUACUAAUAUCUUCUCUAUUGUUACUUGGCGGAAGCCAAGGGUUUUCGUUGACGACAGGUAUGAACGUAGUAGCCGCUUCCUUCUUAUUGCCAACAGGUGUUUGUGUUUAUACUUUAUUUGGUGGAUUGAAGGCUACAUUUAUUUCAGAUUGGAUACAUACUGUUAUAAUUUAUGUUGUGAUCUGCGUCGCAUGCUUUAAAAUAUAUACAUCAUCAGAACUAAUAGGGAGUCCAGGUAAAAUGUGGGAUCUUUUGCAAGAGGUUGAGAGUAUAUAUCCGUCUGCAACUGGGGCCGAUUUCGUCAGUUUUAGAGAUGGGACUAUGAUCCUAACAUGUUGGUCUGUCUUGUUCGGUGGGUUGAGUUCUGUAUUUGGUGAUCCAGGAUACUCACAACGCGCUAUUGCUAGUGAUGCACGUAGUGUGUUCACCGGCUACGUUAUGGGUGGUGUAUGUUGGUUGAUUGUUCCAUUAUCGUUGGGAAGCUCUGCUGGAUUAGCCUGUAGGGCAUUACUAAGCAAUCCGGCAUCCGUCACUUAUCCCAGAGAAUUAACUUAUCUUGAAAUUAAUGGUGGAAUGCCAGUUAUAUAUGGGUUGAAGUCAAUCUUAGGCCACAGUGGAGCGGCCGCCGGGCUACUUAUGUUAUUCAUGUCGGUCACUUCUGCUACAUCUGCCGAGCUCAUUGCCUUCUCCUCAAUUACAACUUAUGACAUCUUCCAGAAGUACUUUAAGAGUGAUGCAACUGGUAAGCAGUUGAUGAGAUUCGCACAUUGCUCAGUGAUUCUUUUCAGUUUACUCAUGGCCGUAUUGGCAACUGUAUUCAAUUACGUUGGGGUGACAGUAGGAUGGCUUAUAGGAUUUAUAGGUAUAAUCUUGAGUCCUGAGGCAGCUGUCCUCGCCAUAGCUUUAUAUUGGAAGAAAAUGUCAAAAAACAGCAUGGUCUAUGGUGCGCCACUUGGAACGCUUACCGGCAUUGCUUGUUGGCUUGGAUCCACUUAUCAUUUUGGAAAUAAAAUUAUUGAUAAGGAUACUCUUAUGACUCCUCGUGCAACGUUUAUUGGUAAUAUUACUGCUAUUUCGUCAACUGCUUUUUACAUUAUUAUCAUAUCUUUGAUAAAACCGGAUGAUUUUGAUUUUGCGAUUUUCAAAACUUCAUUUGAAGUCGGUGAUGAUGCAGACGUUAGUGAUAAAAAGGCAAUUAAUGUUUCAGAUAAAGAUAAGAGAAUAUUGAGAAAGCAAUCAUUUUUUGCUAUAAUUUUAAGUAUACUCUUGUUAGUUGGAGGUUAUAUAGUGAUUCCACUAGCCUACUACGGGAGUAAGUACACUUUCUCUAGAAAAUACUUUACUCUGUGGAUCGUUAUCAUUAUGAUUUGGUUAAUAUUGGCCACUUUAUACAUUUUGAUAUUCCCCCUUUGGCAAGGGAGACAUCUGAUAUACAAAGUGAUUAAUUCAUUUUUGCUUAAGGCUUCCGUGGGGAAUGAAGAUGAAGUUAUUGGUAUAAGCUCUCUGAAUAAUAGCGUUAAGAAGAAUUAUGAAAUUGUUACUGAAAAGGCACUCGACGCUUGA